GCAACUUUGGACUCAAAAAUCAUUUUAUACUCAUUAACAGCUAUAUCAUAACCAGAUUUUCUCCUCAUAAAUUUUAAUACUUCACAUUCACGCUCUCUCUCUCUUAAAGCUGCUCUGUUCUUCAAUCCUUCAUAUUUCAUUGCUCUACUUCAUAUCUCUGUCCCAACUUAAUUCACUGAUUCUCCUGUUUUCAUCAAGAAACUUAUUUCUAUUUCGAAUUUUUAUUUGUAUUCUUCGAAAUUUCGAGGAAAAAGGUGAUUUUUUUUUUUUUUCAGUACCUUGUUUCCUCCUCUGUUUUUUGCAUGUUCAAAAUCUAAAUCCAUACAUGAAAAAUGUCUAAAAUUCAAGAAAACGACACCCAAUUUGUGUCUGAAAAUGUUGGAUUCUCACUUUCACAACUCAUUUUAACUAGUCAUUCGAACACCUUGGAUUCAAUUUUUUCCCAUUGCCAACAAUCAUCAAACCUUGAUAACGUCCCUGUUUUCCAGCCAUUAGGCUCUUCAGUAUACCUAAGACAAAGGGACUUGUUUCAAAAAUUAUGCCAUGAUAAUAAACCAAACACUUCAUUUGCCAAAAUUUCCCUCCCAAACCCACCUCAAGAACCGGUUCAUCCAAAAAAUUAUUUUAGCCAAAGCAAGAAAAAGCUAUAUAGAGGAGUCCGACAGAGGCAUUGGGGCAAAUGGGUGGCGGAAAUUAGACUUCCACAUAACAGAAUUAGAGUUUGGUUGGGAACUUACGACUCCGCUGAGGCUGCUGCCUAUGCUUAUGACCGUGCCGCCUAUAGACUCCGCGGCGAAUAUGCUCGCCUGAAUUUUCCAAAUGUAAAGGACCCAAGUGAAUUGGGAUUUUGCGAUGGCGCCAGAUUGACUGCUCUGACGAAUGCUGUAGAUGCCAAAAUUCAAGCAAUUUACCAAAAGGUAAAGAGAGAAAAAGCUAAAAAGGCAGCCAAAAAAAGUGAAAAAGUAGAAGAAAAUAAAGUUGAUCAUAAUUCAUCUUCAAUGGAAAUGGUUUCGCCAAGUAUUUCUGAAGAUGGGUUUUGGAAGGGUGAGAAUUCACCUUCCUCGGUUUCUUCGAUGGAUUCGGAGCUUGAAUGUUGUUCACUUUCUCGGAUCCCAUCUUUCGACCCGGAAUUGAUUUGGGAAGUUCUUGCUAAUUAAUUUUAAGAUCCAGUUCUCUUAGUAAAUUUUUAAACAUAUUUUGUCGUUUCUUUCAUGUUUUAUGCAUUUUUACAUUUAUAAAUGUAUGUUAUUACCUUUGUUCAGUUGUUUGACAACCGUUAUAAUAAAAAAUUUGAGUAAAA